CAAAUCGAGUCUCUCCAAGGAAACACGAGACCAUGCCUCGCAAAUCUCUGCUAUUUUAGGGUACUUUGUCUCCUCCCUCUGAUUUCUUCCAUUUCCGAAGCUUCUUCUUGUACAAACAAGCUUACGUACAUAUAAGUAUAUGUACUGCGCUUUAAUUCGGUUCUGUCGUGGUUAGAAUUUGGUGUCUGUUACUAUGGCGGCAGCGAAUCCGCAGCCUCUGCAGGCGCGACCGAUUGAGGACAGUCACGCGCCGCGCGUUCAGGUACAAAUCGAUGACGACGAUGGCGGGGAGUAUGAUGACGGAGAUGAUGCCAUGGACGAAUCGGAGGAGGUAAACGUGGCAGAGCAUCACGGUGGAGUAGGUGCUGGUGGAGGUGUGGUUAUGGCCUCGAGGACUAGUGAACUUACGCUCUCUUUUGAGGGAGAGGUCUAUGUGUUUCCCGCCGUUACACCUGAAAAGGUGCAAGCAGUUCUUUUGCUUCUGGGAGGACGUGAUAUACCCACUGGUGUUCCUACAAUUGAAGUACCGUAUGAUCAAAAUAACAGGGCUGUGGGUGUCACUCCAAAGCGCUCAAAUCUCUCACGAAGAAUAGCCUCCCUUGUUAGGUUCCGUGAGAAACGAAAGGAGAGAUGUUUUGAAAAGAAAAUUAGAUAUACUGUGCGGAAAGAGGUUGCACAAAGGAUGCAUCGUAAGAAUGGGCAGUUUGCAUCCCUAAAAGAAAGUUUUGGUGGAUCAAGUUGGGAUUCUGCACAGAAUUGCCCUCAAGAUGGCACUGCACGUCCGGAAACUGUUGUUCGGAAAUGUCAACAUUGUGGUGUUAGUGAAAAUAAUACUCCUGCAAUGCGUCGUGGGCCUGCUGGGCCAAGGACUUUAUGCAAUGCAUGCGGGCUUAUGUGGGCCAAUAAGGGAACACUCAGAGAUCUCAGUAAGGGAGGAAGGAGUCUUUCAAUGGACCAGGUUGAACCUCAAACGCCACUUGAUGUUAAGCCUUUAAUAGUGGAAGGAGAAUUCUCUGGCCACAAGGAUGACAGUGGAAACCCUGAAGGUCCUUCAAAGGCAUUUACUGUAGGAUCCAACAAUCAUUCUGUCGAUCCAGAUGAAGAAGUAUGUUUCUUGAGUCAAAGACUCAAAGCACCGGUGGAUUUGGAUGAAGCCAUUGAAGAUCUGCCAAAUACUUUGCCCAUGGGAAUUGUCAAUUCAUCAGCUGAUGAUGAUGAACAGGAACCACUGGUUGAGCUUCCUAGUCCUUCAGAUACAGAAAUUGAUAUUCCUACUAACUUUGAUUAGAAGAUGGUGAUUUCUCUUGUGCAAUAAUAUCAGGAGCUUUGGGUGCCAAUUGUAUAUUUCUUCAUAACGGCCAUAUGCUCCAUUACAGUAAUCCUCUUAUAAGGGUCAUUAGCAUCUCAGGAAACUGGAGUUGUAACAUGAAAUAAUAAUGUCUUUGAAUUGUAAGUACCAUGAUGAUCUCAUGCCGGAAAAGAAGUGCUGCUGCUUUAGCUGACAUAAGGUAAUCAAUCUCUGGCUGCUUGUUGAUAAAAGCCGAGGUUGUGUAUAAUUUUAUAGGAGACGCCCUAGUCAGGUUAUAAGAUGUAAUUUAAUUUUAGGCCCGUGUGAGAUUGCAAUUUACUCUAUUGCUGCUUGUUCUUAACAUGAUCGGUGGUGAUUGUAGUGUAACCUUCAUGAUUGGAGUUGACUAGUGUGACUUUGGUAGGAUUGGUGUGCUGAAAAAUGAUUGCAAUCAGAUUAUUUAUUGAUGUA